CUGCUUAAAUCCUCCACUCAGCUCCGUUCUUCAUCAGCUACAGCAGGCUGGACACUGGCGAGCAUCUCGUGUGUGUGUGUGUGUGUGUGUGUGUUGGCACUUUGACACCCAAACGCACUGUGCGCGCACGACGUGCCGUGCCGUUCUGCGCCGCGCCGUGCCGUGCCGUGCAUUGCCUCUUAUCGCCUUCGCAGCCAAGGGGAAAGGCUUAACGGAUCGCAUCCACACAGGCAGGCAGCGGCAAACCCGGCUCAUUAAAAUCUCGUCUGCAGACCCUCCGCCGGUCGCGCGCAGUACUACUCCAGCUCCUCGCGGUGCUCCUGCUGGUGCUUCCGACGGACCCCAAAGCGCAGACGCGCGCGCUAAAGGUGUGGAGGAGAGGGCAGCCGCUCGGUACGAUGGAACCGAACCCGAGCCGUUAAACGGUUCAGAGAUUAACACACACACACAUACACACACACAGCAGCUGUGAGCGAGGCCAAACGUUGGGGAGGUUAACGGCGACAUGGCGAAAACCGGCAACAUCUGAACUUUGGAGGAUCCACUGUGAGGAUUAUCGUGCAGUCCCACAAUCUGACCGGCAUAACGAGGAACGGGAUCACAGUUUGCAUCAGUGUUUCAAAGAGAUAGCCAGCGGUAUGGCGCGCGGUGACCGUCGUUUGGGCACCUGGCAGGUGCUACUGACCAUCUCAAUGGUCAUCAUCCCCCUGGCUGCUCACGGGAGGCAUUCACUGGCCAGGCACCAUCAUCACCACAACCAAUCAUCUGUCAACAAGGAGGCCUUGAACAGCAGGAUGGUGCUCAGUGAUGACUCUGCAGAGAGGGACCACCUGAUUGGGCUCGGGGCUAAACUCCCACUCAGCUCCACCAAACGUCACCAUUCUCGUAAACACGCCCACCUAGAUGUUGUAGAUGAGGACCCACCUGCUGGGGAGGAGCUCACUGCCGGAGGGGCAGGUCCAGACCAGCCUGGAAAUCCCAUGUCCGAUGAUGUCAUCACCGUGGAGUUCCACAGCCCUGCACCGGAUAUUGUGCCCUCUGAUGUCGCUGUUGGAUGGGCCAAAGCCCCACAACCCCAGAAGCAAAAAGCGGGGGACCCUACUGCAUGGACGCUUUCUGACUUUUACGACUACCUGUCCCCUGAUGACGACCUCUCGGCAUUAGAUUCGACCCCAGAACCUGAGCCCACCCCCUCACCUCCACCUGACAUGGAGGACGAGAAUCCGCUCCUGGCUGGCUCUCCUGCUGUCCCCGAAAACACGAGGCCUAAAAUGGAAAGCGGGCCCUCCUUGCCAGCUCCUCCUAUGCCAGGGUCGGACAAGGGUAAAGAGUUAGGCUUAGGUGGUGCCAUGGGGACCGACGGCUGCAGGCUGGGCUUUGUGCGCUCUGGUCCUGGGACGUGUGUGUCUGAGUGUGACAUUGAACCCAAUUUCUGCUUCAAUGGAGGAGUGUGUACCGUGGUAGCAGGAAUGGGAGCCUUCUGCAGGUGCAACGUGCAGGACUACAUCUGGAACAAAGGCACGCGCUGCGAUUGGGCGGUCACAGAGUUCCAGGUGAUGUGCGUGGUGGUGGGCGUGGCCUCCCUGGUGCUCAUCCUCCUCUUCAUGAUUAUCGUAUUCUUUGCCAAGAGGCUGCACCACCUCAAGAAUGAAAACAAGCGCCUUCGCAAACGCAGUAAGUACCGCCCACAGAGCAGCGAGCCACAGACGGACGGCCUCUCCGUUUCCACAACAGCCGACGGCUCGCAGCCAAAUGUAAGGAAACUGUGCGACACCCCUCCGCCCGCUCCCCAAGCUCACACUCACAACCUGGCAUACUAUGACAACAUUAUCUGUCAGGAUGAUCCCCAGAAGCAGGAGGACCCUGCAAAGUCCCCACAAGCCAAGGAAGAGGGGUCAAUGAACAUCCUCAACUCUCAUUCCCCCAAACACGAGAACAACCGUCCAACCUCUGUCGUCCACGACCAGGGCCACACCCCUAACAACACAGAGGAGAACGCCGAGGAUGGAGUCACUAUUGGCCUGGAGGUGCUCCUCCCCAAAGAAGCCAAGCGCCACCCAGAGACCAGCUCGCCCCUUCAGUAUGACGUCUUCCUCUACAAGGUUGCCAACAAUGGAGACUCCGCCUCUCCCAGCCAAGCCCCUCCCACUCACAGCGCCAACUCUUACACCUCCUCUCACCCCUUGCCUAAAUCACCCAAGACACCCAGGACGCCCAAGACACCCAAGUCACCUAAGGUGCCUAAGUCACCCAAAUCACCCAGACACACAAAGGAACACCCACCCAGUAACCGUGAACCCUUGUCUGUGAGACACUCCUCACCUGGCCGUCACCCUUCACCCGGUCGUCACCCCUCACCCAGUCGCCACCCAUCACCCAGUCGUCACUCUGCACCUGGUUGCUAUUCUUCCCCCACCUGCCAUCCGUCAUCUCAUCACUCUCCCUCCCGGUACAAAUGCAUGCCCACCUCCUCCACCACCCCGCCUCAAUUACGCAGGCCCAGAGGUCGGUCACAAGCUCCUGGCUCAGAGCACUCAGGGAGUGGGAGAGAGUACCACAGUGGACACAUGCGUCCAUCCCCCUCCUCCCCUCACCUCACCCAGCCUCCUCCAUCACCAUCCAAGGCGAAGUACAGCCCGGUCAGCACCCGAUCCCUGCCACCACUCUCAUGACCUGGCCUCCGCCCAACCUGACAUCCAAACAUUCACACGCACAAACAUCUGUCAUAAUCUAAUCUCUCCAGCGAUAUGUCCAUCAUGGCUCUAACUUUUUUUAUUAGUGACUCAUAGAUUAUCAUCUGUCUUUGCACCCUGCCUCCACAUUUAUACCCAGAGGAGGAGCACAUCACCUGGUCAUGGUCCACGGAGCCAGAAAACUAGAACUGGGACAACUCUGCACACUCUCUCAAACUCAGAUGUGGAUGCACCACACAAACAACACUGCAUAGUUAUGCUGCAGCCAAACUUUCACACCUUUAUGUAAAUAACAACCUCUCAAAGCUCAGGUUACUGCUCACACAAGCACAAAAUGAACCACUACAUGUGAAUAUGCUCUUUUAGCAUGGUGCCAACAUCAGCGACAGCUGAGGAUAUUGUUCAUUAAGGUGUCAUAGAGGUUUACUACAUUAGCCUUCGUGUUAUCAAGUGUUUAUAUAAAUCUUUUGCUAUUUGGUGUGUACGAUUAUUUCAUGUUUUCACAGGCUUUUUGGUAUGUUUUUCAUGUUUCUAAUCCUCAAUA